CUGUGCAUGCACUUACAUAACUGCAGUGCAGGGGCACCUGUAGCCGCUCUUCUACUCAGCAAUGGAAACCCUAGACUCAGCACCAUCAACUCCUGUAAGAACCACUGAUUCGGAGGAUCAAACACCAUCACCAUUACCGCCAUCGGUGCUCAGACUGUGGAGGCCUCAAGCGCAAAGAAAUUUGAGGAACCAAUGGUCACAAUUGGCGUCGCUCAAAAAUCGAUGGUUCUCUGCUUCGUCUGCAGGAAGAUCUCAUGCAACUGCUCUCGUUAAUUCUCAUCUCUCCCAAAGGUACAUGCCUGAUAUGAAAUUAGGUGUUCUGAGCGAUAUGCCUGGUAUAAGAAAGAGAGCUUGUUUGAAGCUAUUUAAGCGGCAGGAACUGCAAAGGAGCAAAUUAUUGUUGUGUUAUAAGGACAUGGUGGGUAUUGUAAGUGACAUGAUCAAUGUUAGCAGAUCGAUGAAGUGUUUCUUCAAAGGAUCAAGCAGUAGUCCUCUGUUACAGUUUUCUUAUAACUCUGCAGACCAGAGUGACUUUGGAGAUGCUGGAGAUGGUGGUGGAAUUCCAGUAUUUACAUUUUAUUCAAUCACUUCACAUGAGAAAUUUGCUGAGGAAUUGGUUCAGAUGUUUAGGCUGGAACUGUGUUUGAAGCGAUUACUUGUUCUUGAAUUUAUGUCCAUUGGUUAUGACACUUCAGAGGUAAAACAAUUGCACUGGUCAACUCAGCUUUAUGACGAUGAAUUCAAAGAUUUGACAGACUGCAAUCUGUACUGUGAAGUGACUCAUGGACCAGUUCCACCAAGUUUCAGGGAUGGGAAGUCUGACAUUGCCUCUUUAAGAUUUGACAACCAACCCAAUCCUGAGAUUUUACAGGUUUAUUUAACAACAUGGCUUGCAGAGGCAAACCUAGACACUCUCAAAGUGAAUGAGAUAUUUACAGUGGUUGGCGAGGAAAUGCAUGUUAGCAUUGUUUAAAGCUGCCGUCAACAGGAAUGAGUCUUUAACAUUGAGUGACAUUCUUUUUAGACGUUUUCAUAGUUGGCCAUGCCAAAAGAGUGGUAAGAGUUGCUUAUUGCUUGCUGUUGCUGUUAAAAAUGAUAAUUAUGUUAUAUAGAUGAUUAAUUUUAGUCUCACAACACUAACAAAUUGUGGACAGACAGGAUCUUCAUAUGUGGAUGAAAUUUGUUCAAAGGAAAAAUUAGCAGAAUUGGUGUCUGCAUAGAUAAUAUGCUCAAUAUAUUGCAAAUAUGAGGGAGGUACUAAGCUAUUUUUCUAUGGCGAAUUUAUUUUCCCCUUUAAACCCUCUAGGAAAGUUUAUACAUUUUGAAUGUUAUAACUGUAUAGUUGGAAAGAACCUACAGACAACAACGAUUGGGUUUUGGCUAUUUGGAUUUUGAACUGGAUUAACUGAUAUGGUCCAAAAGCUGUUAUGAAGAAGAAAUAUAUUAAAUAAAAUGUUGGCCGAAAAUUAAUUUCAAAAGUAUGUCGUCAAUCAGUUUAAUUUUUUAUUUUAAAAAUUGAAAUUUGUAAACUGUUGUGUUUCUUUAUUAUAUUAUAGAUGUAAAGUGAUUAGAAGCAGGGUGUUUUGGUUGCUUUCUA